AGCAGCUACAGCGGCGGCGUCAGGCUCGGGCGCCACCGAUGCUCGCGCCGCCGCCGGGGCGGGCCGCCUUCUGAGCACCCCCAGCCCGGGCCAUGGCGGAGCGCGGAGGGGUGGGCGGUGGCGCCGCGGCCUCAGCCGGGGCCGGGGGCUUCGGGGGCGCGGGGCCGCGAGGCCCCGGGGCCGCCCAGUCCCCGCCGCCGACGCCGCCCCAGGCCCCGCAGCCCCCGGCCCCGGCCGCAGCCCCGGCCGCUUCGGCCGCGUCCUCCACGUCGGCGGCCGCCUUGUCUUCGUCCGCCUCAGCCGCCGGGCCCGGGGCCUCGGGUCCCGCCGCCCCCGGCCCCGUCGCCGCCCCCGGGCGGCCCCCAGCCGCCAGCCCCGCGCCCGCCCCGGUGCAGAUGAACCUGUACGCCACCUGGGAGGUGGACCGGAGCUCGGCCAGCUGCGUGCCCAGGCUGUUCAACCUGACCCUGAAGAGGCUUGUCAUGCUGAAGGAGAUGGACAAAGACCUGAACUCUGUGGUCAUUGCCGUGAAACUGCAGGGCUCAAAAAGGAUCCUUCGGUCCAAUGAGAUCCUCCUUCCAGCCAGCGGCCUGGCAGAGACGGAGCUUCAACUGACCUUCUCCCUCCAGUACCCUCAUUUCCUUAAGCGUGACGCCAACAAGCUUCAGAUCAUGCUGCAGAGGAGGAAGCGCUACAAGAACCGGACCAUCCUCGGCUACAAAACGCUGGCCGUGGGGCUGAUCAACAUGGCGGAGGUCAUGCAGCAUCCCAGCGAAGGCGCCCUCGUGCUCGGCCUGCACAGCAAUGUGAAGGACGUCUCUGUCCCUGUGGCCGAGAUCAAAAUCUACUCGCUGUCGAGCCAGCCCAUCGACCAGGAGGGGAUCAAGUCCAAGCUGUCUGAUCGUUCUCCGGACAUCGACAACUACUCAGAAGAAGAGGAAGAGAGCUUCUCCUCAGAGCAGGAAGGGAGUGACGACCCUCUGCACGGGCAGGACUUGUUCUAUGAAGAUGAGGACCUACGUAAAGUGAAGAAGACCCGGAGGAAACUGACCUCGGCCUCUGCCAUCACCAGGCAACCCAACAUCAAACAGAAAUUUGUGGCCCUGCUGAAGAGGUUCAAAGUCUCUGAUGAGGUGGGCUUCGGGCUGGAGCACGUGUCUCGGGAGCAGAUCCGGGAGGUGGAAGAGGACCUGGAUGAGCUGUAUGACAGCCUGGAGAUGUACAACCCCAGCGACAGCGGUCCCGAGAUGGAAGAGACAGAGAGCGUCCUGAGCACCCCCAAACCCAAGCUCAAGCCCUUCUUUGAGGGAAUGUCACAGUCCAGUUCCCAGACGGAGAUUGGCAGCCUCAACAGUAAAGGCAGCCUAGGAAAGGACGCCGCCAGCCCGAUGGAAUUGACUGCUCUGGACAGAGUCAAAGCUACUUCUUGGAUCAAAAACCCAGAUGACAGUCUGACCGAGAACGAUCCUCUGGAUAUCAGCGACCAGGACAUGUUUGGAGAUGGCAGCACCACUCUGGUUGUGCCAGAGAAAGUGAAAACACCCAUGAAGUCGGGCAAGACAGAUCUCCAGGGCUCGGCCUCCCCCAGCAAAAUGGACGGGGUGCACACACCCAGGCAGAAGAGGGGCACACCCCUGAAGGAGCGGCAGCUCUCCAAGCCUUUGAGCGAGAGGACCAACAGCUCGGAUAGCGAGCGGUCCCCUGACCUUGGCCACAGUACCCAGAUCCCAAGGAAGGUGGUGUAUGACCAACUGAAUCAGAUCCUGGUGUCUGACGCAGCGCUCCCUGAAAACGUCAUCCUCGUGAACACUGCCGACUGGCAGGGCCAGUAUGUAGCAGAGCUGCUUCAGGACCAGCGGAGGCCCGUGGUGUGCACGUGUUCCACGGUGGAAGUCCAGGCUGUGCUCUCAGCCCUGCUCACCCGAAUCCAGAGAUACUGCAACUGUAACUCCUCCAUGCCAAGGCCCGUGAAGGUGGUGGCUGUGGGCGGGCAGAGCUACCUGAGUUCCAUCCUCCGCUUCUUCGUCAAGGCCUUGGCCAACAAGACGUCCGACUGGCUGGGCUACAUGCGUUUCCUCAUCGUGCCCCUGGGUUCUCACCCUGUUGCCAAGUACAUCGGCUCGGUAGACAGCAGGUACAGCAGCGCCUUCCUUGACCCUGCCUGGAGGGACUUGUUCAGUCGCUCAGAGCCCCCGGUGGCAGAGUCACUGGAUGUAGUGGGCCGCGUGAUGCAGUAUGUGAGCGGGGCUGGCGUGACGCACCAGCUGCCCGUGGCGGAAGCCAUGCUGACCUGCAGACACAAAUUCCAAGAUGAAGAUUCCUACCAGAAGUUCAUUCCCUUCAUCGGGGUGGUCAAGGUGGGCCUGGUGGAAGACUCCCCGCUCACAGCAGGUGAUGGUGAUGACACGCCAGUGGUCAGCCUCACUGUCCCCUCCACAUCCCCACCUUCCAGCUCUGGCCUGAGUCGGGAUGCAUCGGCCACGCCCCCUUCUUCCCCAUCCAUGAGCAGCGCCCUGGCUGUGGUUGGGAGUCCCAACAGCCCGUAUGGGGAUGUCAUCGGCCUGCAGGUCGACUACUGGCUGGCCCACCCCGGGGAGCGGCGGAGGGAAGGUGAGAAGCGGGACGCCAGCUCUAAGAACACCCUCAAGAGUGUCUUCCGCUCGGUGCAGGUGUCCCGGCUGCCCCAUGGCAAUGAGGCUCAGCUCUCUGGCACGAUGGCGAUGACCGUGGUCACCAAGGAGAAGAACAAGAAAGUGCCCACCAUCUUCCUGAGCAAGAAGCCUCGAGAGAAAGAGCUGGACUCCAAGAGCCAGGUCAUCGAGGGCAUCAGCCGCCUCAUAUGCUCAGCCAAACAGCAGCAGACCAUGUUGAGAGUGUCCAUUGAUGGUGUGGAGUGGAGUGACAUCAAGUUUUUCCAGCUGGCCGCUCAGUGGCCCACCCACGUCAAACAUUUCCCAGUAGGCCUGUUCAGCAGUAACAGGCCUACCUGACCACCUUGCUUCCUGGCCAAGGACCCCACUGUUCUCCCUUUGUGUCGUCUGCUGGUCCGGGGCACCUCCUAUGGGGGGGGGGGAUGCCGGCAGGCCUGGGGCCACUCCUAAGGGACACUGCCACUGGGGAAGCUGGUCACUCCCCCCACCCUCCUGUACCUACCCCCUACCCCCCACUUGGGCCCUGAGCCUCCUUCUCAGGCACCCGUCAAUCACUGGAAUUUAAAAACUCUUCUGAGGGGGCCCCUUGAGUAGACCCCACCCCCAGCCCCUGGGGCCCCAGUCCAGCCAAGGGAACAGACCAUUCCUGGCCCCUGCCUGGUUGGUUACCCAUCUCUGCAUUUAAGGCCACUGUCUCCCAAAGUUACUUGUCCCACCUCCUCCCAGGCUGGGGUCCCCCUCGGGUCCCCAGCCCUUUGUCAGGAGGCAGUUCACUGCCCUCCCUGCCCCGCCAACAUCAUCUCUGCCACAAGCCAGCUUGGCUUUCCCAAGGGAGAAGCAAGGGUCAGCCCAAGUCCACAGGGGCAGAGCCGGGCCGGCCUCCCAGUAAGAGGGGGCAAAUCAGGUGGCCGCUCCCCCCAUCUCCUGGCUGGCUGGGUAGAGAGGUGAACUGCUCUCUGCCCCCCAGUGUCCCCAGAAGUGUCCCUGUCGAUGUGUGUGUGUGUCUUUGAGAGCUCAUUGGCUUCUGUUCCCCGAUGCUCUGCCCCUGCCCCCGCAGUGUGAUUCCCAUGCACUCCAGCUCCUCUGCUCCCAACACUCCUGCCCACAUUGCAGCCUUGUCCUGCCUCUGCCAGGCUUCCUGCCCUGGCACCCCAACCCAGCUGUCAGUCUUCCCCCUCCUCUCUCUGUGAGCCCCCUGCCCUAGGGAGCAGCCUCCCAGAUGGAGUCCAACUUGCGCUCAGAUCCCCCAGCUUCCUUCUCUCCUCCUCAUGGAUGCAGAUGUCUGAACCCUAGCUUCUCCCUCUACCCCCCUGCCCCGGGUGCUUGGGCUACAGAAGUCAGUCCUCCAGUGUCUGUCCACCAAGACCCCCCCCCCCCCCCAGCACAGGUUUGGACAGAACUUUGUUCUGAAAGGUGUCGUCCUAGCUCAGCUUCCUGCCCCUCCUGUCCUGUUCCUCAGUCCUGCUGUCCAAAGCACCUGGCCUGGGCUCAGCUGUUCUCCUGGCUGGGGCCGUGGCUAUGGGGGGAGUCGCUGUUGGGUUUUUCAUUCAAUAAACUGGUGAUUUCUUACCAGC